AUACGCCUGCGAAAAUUCAUGUCACACAUGCAACAAGAACUGCAGAGUAUUCAACUACGCAGAUGAAGAGAUGACCACCACCUAGGGUUUAAAAAUCUGGUGCUACCUCGCUCUGGUUGCUAGGCAGCACAUCUCUCGGGGGGGGCUAUUCUCUCCUAUGCUCAUGGUAGAAUCUUUGAGGAGCAGCAGUUAGAAUAGCUACAGGAAUCCACUGGCCACCUGGAAAGGUUCACUCUGACACAUACGUUUGCAUCAGUUAUUCAAACUGGAGGCAGAUGACUUGAUUGCUUUGGGAACAACAUGCCCAUUAUCAAAGUGCCAGUUGUACGCAAAUUUGGAAUUGUAUCCCAUGAUGAACAUCAGAAAAUUCAGCAAAGACUGUUGGCUAGAUAUCUCAAAGAGAACAAUUUUAAAUCCAAGAAGCAGAAACCCAAAAAUCCACUUGAACUUACUGAAGAAUUUAUUGAGGAUUUCAAUGAGUCACUAAAAACAGAAAAAGAAGAAACAUUCAUAGAAUUGGCUGAAAAGAUGCUUGCCAGAUGCAAGAGACGAUCAGGUCUCAGCACCUUAGGCUGUGGAAAGUAUGUGGAUCUUCCAUUAGCAUGGACUGAGGCAAUUAUGUUAGCUCAGUGCAAAGGAAACAUCAGUGAAGAAGCUCUUGAAAUUCUCAUAAUUUCCUUGGACCAUGCUCCUGUUGAGGCCGAUCAUAUUCCGGUUUUAUUUUUUCUCGCAGAAUCUAUAUUGUAUAAAUUGUGUCAUGAUGUGGUACAGAAGCAAUUUCUGUUCUCAUGUGAAAUCAAGUUGUACAAGCUUGGAUUCUUGGUCCUUUUAAGGCUUCUUUUGCUGCAUUUCUUUGGUGGCCAGAAUUUUUCUGCAGAAUCCAAAUCUAGGCUUCAUAUUGGUUUAAAAGCAGUAGCAGCUUGUGAAACCUGCUAUCAGAUUUAUCCAAACAUCCUUUUUAUGGUUCAUUUUAUACUGAAGGCUGGAGAAACUAUCUGUGAAACAGUGGUCCUUUCUGACUCAUCAUUAGCAACACAAGCAGAUUUGGAAGAGAGACAGGAUAAGGCAUUUAUUGGCACAUCGCUCAUGAGUACUGGAACAGCAGCUGAAUUAAAUACUGAACAAAAGCAGUUCAAAAUUAAACCAUUUCUCUGGCACAGUCUUCUUGUUUGGGUUUGUGUACACAACAGCUGCUCUGAAAUAGAUGAAGUACUCAGACAUGUCCUAUUCUAUAAAGAACAGCUUCAUGAGAAAAACUGGUUGGAAUCAAUAUUGAGCUUGAUGGUCCUUGGAGAGACAGCCAAAUUAAACAUGUCCUGCUUGAAUGUUUUAAUGGACCUAGUGAGAGAUUUUAUUGCAAGCUCUGUGCCUCUUCCGAAGCAGGAAAAGAAUAGCAAGGAAAACAUUUCCUGUUGGUGCUGGGAAAUAGUAUACAUAUAUACAAAUAUACUCCGAGAAAUCUGUUUGCAUAGCAUUAAUGCAGAUUUGCAAAAAACUGCUUUUCUUGGAUUCUGUGCCUGUGUUGCGGAACUCAAAGAUGAUAAAGAAUUAAAAGGAGCAAGUUUUCUUGAUCUUUUGUGCUACUAUCCUUUAUCCAAUGACUGUGACGAUCCAUUCUGGAUGAUUCGUUAUGGUGUGAUCUAUAAUCUAGUUAUCCUACAUCGUCAACUCUCUAGGGAUGCAAAUCGGGAGGGUUUAAGAAAUGCAGUGUGGAGAGCUUUGCAGAAACAAAAGGAAAUUGAGAAAGAUACCAGAGUCCUGAAUGCUUCCAAAGUAGCAGAGGUUGAGGCCCAAGGGCCAACAGAUCCCUUCCUCGUAUCCAAAGACAAAAGCUUACUAAGUCCUAGAGAUUUCCAUUCUACUCAAUACAUUGGGUGGAGAGUUGCCACUUCCAUGUGCCAUCACUUCUUGCCACCCAUCAUUCCAGAUAUCCCUUUGCCACGCCAUCCUGUACAAAAGAAGGCACCGUUGAUGCCACACGAAGAGUCAGUACUAACUUUAAAGGAGAAGAAAACUAAACGUCUGUCUUUAAGGGAAGAACUUCUGCAAGCUGGGGUGCCAAAAUAUCCAUAUCCAGAUUACUUCACCCGCACAGAUAUGGAACUACGGAAAAUUGUUGAAACUCAGUGGGAGAAGGAGUUACAGCUCAGGCUUAAGCUAGAAGAAAAGCUCCUGGAACUAGAGCUUCAAGAAAAACAAAAACUGGAAGAAGAGCACUUCAAGCAAAUCAUGAGCUGGCGUUUAGAAAAGCUGCACAAGACAACAAAACCAUAUGAGCUUCCUUUUCAGCAUGAAGAAGAACAGAGCAAAGUAAGCUCCAGCACUCAGGUCUACAGUCCACAGCUAUCCCAAUCCUAGUCACCAGUCUUCAGAGAGCCUGCACCUUACUGGCAAAUCUGUGUAACAAAGUUCAACAACUCUUUUUAAAUGAAAAGCCAGCAGUAUUGAGUAGUGGGCAAAGAGUGUGUAAGCCAUUUCCUAGUGAUGAUUUCAUGUUCAGAACAGUCCCUCCAGCAAUGUUUUUGCCAUGACAUUGCAAAUGCAUGUAUAAAGAUAAACAGGAACCUCUGCAGGAACUGAGCAGCUUGGAUGUAAUUUUGAAUGUAAAACCAGAGCGUGGGGGGAAAGGCAGAUUUUCAAUAAAAACAACAAAAGUACCAUUGAGCUUCGUAACAUCCAUGCAUGUGUAAUUGGUUCUCUUAUUCAUAAUCAGAGUUCCUUCCUCCUAUAUACUAGGCU